AGCCCAAUCUCCUCCUGCGUGCUCUCCCUCAUGCCCGAGCGGAAGAGGGCACGGAAGUACUCACUGCUCUCCACCAGCAAGGUCUUCUCCACCGAGAAUGACUGCUCCUCCACCCGGAUACACACCCGCUCCGGGGGCCCUGCCUGGGAACCUUCCUCCUCUGGGGUCAUCCUUACCCAGGACCUCAGCAGCUCUCAGGGGUGGGGGAGCACCCGAUGCCCCUCUGUGCCCCAGCACAGCCCCCACUGGCCUUCUCUACCCUUUGAUGCCUUUGCUGCACUGCCCAGUGGCCUUGUAAUAUAAAUACCUUGGGCUAAAGAUAGCUGAGCUCGUGACCGGGGCCCUUCAGAGGCAUCCGCCAGGCUCAGCUGCCCACCCAAACUCAGGCAGGGUUCCAGCGUCACCAGCCAGCACUGGACACAGCAGAGGUGCCUGGAUCAUCCCAUGGAGUAUGCCCAGAUACUCUGGAGAAACUAGGUUUUGCUGUCUCCACUCUCAGGCAUCCUCCUUGUAAUGCCCUAAGGAACAUCCCCAGCCUGGGGAGGGCAACACUUUUGCAGGGCUGGGAAGUGCAUAUGGCCAUGCUAUUUGUUUUCCUUUAAAAUGUGGAGUUUACAGCCAAAGGAGGUAAACAACAUCAGCAAAUCUCAUUGCCACCCAGCUUGGCCAUGGGAAAGGGGCUUGGCUGUUCCUCAAGCGUUGCCAUGGGCAGGGAGAGACAUUUCAUUGCGAUCCUUUCCAUGUCAGCAGCAUCUGCAACAUCCAUCCCAGCUGCAAGGAGCCAUAAGCCAGCCUGUGCUUCACCUGGGGAUCUCAUGGUGAGAAAAAGGAAGUGCAGCAACCUUUUCUCACCAAAAAAAACCCCCUCUGGCCCCAGGGCUUGCCCAGGUCCCCAAAAUACUUGGCUGUGGGAAGAGAUAAACCCAUUUGGUGACAGAGGUUGACAGUGAGGAAAGUGUUAUUUGUGGCACAUCACUUGUUUGUGCGCUAAUCACAGCUUUUUCUGGCUAGAAAUCCCAUUUCAGCUCCGCUGUGGGGUGCCAAGGAAGGCUGUCAACAGGGCUCACUUGGGGGCUUCUUCCUGGAUCUCCCCAUCACUACCUAUAAUUAAUUUGCAUCUGGUGUUUUGUUUUGAUGAAUAAUUUAACCUGAGCAGCUCAUCCUGUUGAAGGUCUAUUUUUUGCUCCCUCCUUAACCCCCUCAUCCCAGCAGCUGGGAACUUUCCAGGCAGUGCAUGAUGGCAAAGCUGUUGCCUCAAUGUCAUGGCUGAAGCAAGUUCCCCAGAAAUCUGAGUUUAGGGGAGAAUGGGAGAGUUUUGCACUUGCAUCACUGUCAUUGAUCCUCACGGAUACUCAGCUUAAAACACCACGCUUUUCAGCACCCUAGACCUGUGACCAAAGGGGGUCUGGGGUAAAGGGUCCUCAGAGGGGCACUGCUUCCCACAGAGGAGUCUUCCCUGUGAUCCUCAUCCUCCCCAUCCCUGGGGCUUACAGGGACUUCCACAAUCCCAGACUAUUUUGGGAGGGUUUAAAAAUAUCCCGCCUGUAUUAACGGGCAAUAUUCCCAAGGGUGCAGCAGCCCCGCAUGGCCACGGGGCAGCCUUCGCCCCCCAGCCUCGGCUGUGGCUCCCCCCGCAGUCCCUCGGGGCCGGCCCAGGGACCUAUCCUGUGGUCCCGGGCACUGAGCCCUAUCCCAAAUGGCUGUGAUCACCAUGACAACGCCGACUUCAGCCUCCGCCACCUAGUCGGGCUCAGAGCCACUGGGUGCCGGCUGAUGGAUUGGUGAGUACUCCCCGGGCUCCCUUUUCCUCUUGGGACCAAGUCUUUUGUGUGGGAAAAGGGUAUUUCUCUCCCUCGAAAGCCUCUACCGGCAGCAGAAGGUGCCUGUGCUUAAUUGCAUCCGAAGGAGCCGGGCAGGUGCGCAGGGUGGCUGGACAGGCAGCUCCGGGUGCCGCUCCUGCCUGCCGGAGGUGUGAUGAGUGCGCCGGCCUCAGCCGCGACAGAGGAACCAGGCUUGGGCUCGCUGGGGACACGGCGAGGAGCUGAGGGCUCAGCAAGGUGCCGGGACUUGGCGAGUUGGCUACCAAGCCGAGGGACGGCGGGUCUGGGGCCCGGGGGUCCCUGCCCAAAGCUGGGGGAGCUCAGGGUGCCGGCGUGUGCUCUGCCGGGGGGACUGUCCUCGGGGUGGCCGGGACAGCGUGUCCGGCCCCGCGGCGUGGCAGCUUUCCUUACAAGGAGUUUGGCUGGAGCCCGAGUAGCGGGAGCCGCGCUCGCCUCCGCCCGCCUCAUUCAUCGCUGCCCCGGCCCCGCGCUCACGGAGAGCCCCGCGUCCCCUCCGGCCGCGGGUUUUAAGGACCGAGGAUGUCCUCGAUGUUCGGCAAGCCCCGAAACAGCAGCGAGCGGCCGCCCCAGAGUCCCCUCCCCGAGUGCAACGUGGCCAUCCUGGGGUGCAGAGGGGCCGGCAAGUCAGCUCUGACCGUGAAGUUUCUAACCAAGAGGUUCAUCAGUGAAUAUGAUCCCAACUUGGAGGACACCUACUCCUCAGAGGAGCUGGUGGACCAGCAGCCUGUGCUCUUGAAGGUGAUGGACACUGCUGACCAGGAUGGCCCCGGGAACUGUGAGCGUUACCUGUGCUGGGCCAGCGCCUUCCUUGUUGUCUACAGCAUCGACAACAGGAAGAGCUUUGAGGGCUGCCAGCGCUACCUCGAGGUGCUCGCCCUGCACGCGCGGGGCUGCCAGCGCCGCUGCCCCGUGCUCCUGCUGGGAAACAAGCUGGACAUGGAGCAGUACAGGCAGGUCCCCUCAGCAGAAGGGAUGUCCCUCGCCAGCAGCUUCGGGUGCCUCUUCCAUGAGGUGUCGGCAUGCCAGGACUUCGCUCGGGUGCAGCACGUGUUCCACGAGGCCGUGCGGGAGGUGCGGCGCCAGGCGGAGUGGAACCUGCCCGUGCAGCCGCUCUUCAUCUCUGAGGAGAGGCCCUGCCCGCCCAUGGCCACGCCAGUGGCCCUGCCCACCCACCACAGCUUGGCCACCUGCACCUUCAACACCCUCUCCACCGUCAACUACAAGGAGAUCCCCUCGGUGGCCCAGGCCAAGCUGGUCACCGUCAAGUCCUCGCGGGCUCAGAGCAAAAGGAAGGCUCCCACGCUCACCCUGCUGAAAGGCUUCAAGAUAUUUUAGGACACAUCCCUGUGGGCUGCAGAGAGGGAGGAGAGAGACCCUCUGAGACCUUCCAUGAUGGACUCACAGGCAUUGCAGCAGCUGCUGGCAGACAGUGGCCCCGGCCUCUGUGCCAGCAGUGGCAACUUGGCGAGCAGGCAGAGUGCCAAGUGUCUGACAUGGGCUGUGGCAUCGCUCUGCCUGCCCCUGCCCAGUGCUGCUGUGGUGUUUGCACCUUGUCCUGCCACUGGCACUGAGGCCAGCUCAGUUUUCUGUGAGGAUGCAGCAGCUCCCAGAGGAGCUGGAGCUGUGGAUACCAUUGGGAGGGCAAGGGCCGGCCCCACAGCUGCCAGCCAGCUUGGGCACCUGACACACAGGAGCCCAGGAAGGGAGAAUUAAUCAUUAAUCCAGCAUGGAGACACCCACCUUGUUCAUCCCACAGGUCCCCAGCUAAGCAAUAAGUAGGAGAAACUUUUAUUUUUUUAAAAUCCAAAUAAAAAGGUGCAGAUACUGUUUCAGCUGCUUAAAGGCCUCAGGCAGCCUGAAAAUGAUACCCAAACAUCAAGCUAAGUCACACCAAAAUUGCUGCUUUUUAAUUAACUUUUUACACUACAGCAUCCCUUUCCAAAGGCUUUGCAAGGAGAUGCUUUGCUGACAAGGACAUGGUCUGAAAAGCCUUUGUCUAAAAGACUGAUGCAUUUUCAAUACGUAUUUUCAAUAAUGUCCUCAAUUAUUUCAUGGCUUCUACAUGUGCCCAAUGAAGGACAGAAAGAGAAUCCUGGAGCAGAUCAGGCUCUACCUGUGCCUGAGCCAGGGCCAAGGGCUGGGUGUUUGGUUUCAGGUGCUCUAUCAGGUUAAAUGUUCUGCUUCUCCCUGGAGUUGCAGUUACUUUAUGGAGUAAAAUAUUCAUG